CUUUGACUAGAUCUCCUUCGGUCAAACGCCGUGCCAGGUGGAGCGUUCUUAUUGGCCGUACGUUGAUUCUUAACGUGGGGUGUCGGGCAGAGGAUUUGUGUCCCCAAAAGAGUUGAAUGCUACGUGUGGGGUGCUGAUGUUAUGGUCUAUGAAUAGAGGGUUAGUAUUGGAUGUGGUGAUGUGGAAAGAAUAUGGUGUGGAGGAAUAUAAGCUUCGGGGGAAGAAAGAGAGAAGAGAAGUACUACUCCUACUCCUGCUCUAUUCACUUCUAGAGAGAGAGAAAGAGGAGAGAGAGAGACGAGGAAGGAGACGAUGAUGGUGGUGGUGGCGAAGGAUGACAGUCGAGCUCCAUUAAACGGCGACUUAUCAACUGAGAGCACUAAUAACUCGAAGUUUUCAUCUCUUUUGGCCUCAAAAGAUCGUGAUUUUCUUCUUUCUCCAAAUGGGAAUCAGGUGAAAGUUUCAGCUCUUGAUGGGAAGAUUAUAGGGCUCUACUUCUCGGCCAAUUGGUACCCGCCAUGCAGGAAUUUCGACAAAGUCUUGGUUGAAAUCUACGAGCAGCUGAAGCAAAAUGGGUCCAAUUUCGAAAUUGUUUAUGUGUCAUCAGACGAAGACACUGUGGCCUUUAAUGGCUAUCGUGCAUGUAUGCCAUGGUUGACCAUUCCAUUCUCUGAUCUUGAGACCAAGAAAGCCUUAAAUCGAAAGUAUGGCGUUGAAGGUAUUCCUUACUUAGUUAUUUUACAUCCUGAUGAUAACGAGGACGAGGCCACGUUGUGUGAUGGUGUUGAGCUUGUCUAUCGUUACGGGGUCGAAGCCUUUCCUUUUACUAGAGAAAGGUUGGAGCAAUUGCAAAAUGAAGAGAGGGAGAGGCAUGAGAAACAGAACUUAAUGGAUUUACUAACAAACCACGAUAGAGACUAUCUUUUGGGUCACCCCAUUCCUAAACAGGUGCCGGUUGCUUCAUUAGUAGGUAAAACAAUUGGGCUCUUCUUCUCGGCCCAGUGGUGCAUUCCCGGUGUUAACUUCACUCCAAAGUUAAAGUCCAUACGUGACAAGAUUAAGCGAAUGCUAGUGGAAAAACAAGGCAAUAGUAUUAUUAUUAAGAAUAAUGAUAUGCAUGGUGGUGAGGACUUUGAGAUAAUAUUUGUUUCAAGUGACCAUGACCAAACAUCUUUCGAUUCCUACUUCGAAACCAUGCCGUGGUUGGCAUUGCCUUUUGGAGACUCGAACAUAAGGAACCUAGUGAAACAUUUCGACGUGAAGGGCAUUCCAUGUUUGGUGAUUCUAGGCCCUGAUGGUAAAACCAUUACCAUUAACGGCAGGAAUCUGAUUAACUUGUACCAAGAAAACGCCUAUCCUUUCACAGAGGCUAGGAAGGAGAUAUUGGAGAAACAAAUGGGAGAAGAAGCCAUGAAACUACCUCGAUCGGUUUACCAUUCCGGUCACCGCCACGAGCUCAAUUUAGUGUCCGAGGGCAAUGGUGGAGGACCCUUUAUCUGUUGCCAAUGCGACGAGCAAGGCUCAGCUUGGGUUUACCUUUGUUUGGAGUGUGGUUAUGAGGUACACCCCAAGUGCGUGAGGACUGCCACAGCUGAUGGUUCCGUUAAUCUAGUUUAAUCAAUGUACUAUUUAUUAUUAUUGUAUAUUGUGAACGCUAUUAUUAAGGGUGAUCAGUGAUGUCUUAAUUACUCACUUAUCCUAAAACUUGGGAUAGUAAUACUGCGGUUGUUUAAGGUUUGUACCGUCACAUAUCAUAUCAAUGGCGGUAAGAAGUACUAAGUAGUUAUUCGACGGAGGUAAUCUAAUGAUCAAUGGUAGAAUCUCCACUUUUUCAGAUAAUUAUUGUGUGUCUCUGACCUCUCCCUAUUAUUCACCCCUGUUUUUUGUUGUGGAAUUGAGACCCUGUUCUGAUUAAGUUCUUAAAUCUUAUGCAAUUGAAUUAUAUAUUUUGCAUA